AUGAUGAUAUUGAUUGGUGUAUUUGUACCAUUUUCGGAAGAUAAAACAAGACGUAGGCCGGCUAUUAUUCGACGUGGCUACUUUUUAAAUCGGCAUCACUAUUCAUACGAUAAAAUAACACCGCCACGAUCAGAUACAGCAGCAGCUGCAUUAUGCUUAAGUUCUGGUAAAUUCGAAAUCGAAUUAGAGCGUUUAAUUAAUCGAAAAGGUUUAAAUAUCAAUGGAACAUGUUGUAAUGGGCCCGACCGAUUUUUUACAUGUGUUCAAUCAUGUAAAACAUUUAUUCGUUUUUGUCUACGCAAUCAAAAUCCAAAUUUGGAUAAUAUUAAUCGUCCGUUAACGUUUAAUAAUGAUGAAUGCACAUAUAGUUUUGAUGAAACACCGAUUCUCGGCGGAAAUAAUAUUGAUUUUGCGCGUUUACCAUAUCGUGUAAAUCUUAUUGUUUUACCUUUUAAAUUUAGUUGGAUGGGAGAUUUUGUUUUACAAAUUAAUAUUUUCAAUGAUAGAACUUAUGACGGUCAACCUCAUCUUGGCAGCGCACGCGAAUUAAUAAUGUCAACAACGAUCCGUUCAGUAAUAUAUCCGAAUUCAUCCUGGCAUCAUUCUCAAACAAUUGAUUCUUCAUUAACUUCUCAUGAAUUUUCCUUUCGCUAUCGAGUAUCAUGUUCAACUAAUUUCUAUGGUUCACAAUGUUCACGUUUUUGUUCUCCACUCUCAUCGCAUUCACGAUGUGAUCCUCACACAGGUGAUAUUAUAUGUCAACAAGGAUGGACUGGAAUGGAUUGUAAUAAAGCUAUUUGUCGCCAAGAUUGUCAACACGGUCAUUGUCUUAAUCAACCGGGUCAAUGUCUUUGUCAUCAUGGAUGGACAGGAAGUCAUUGUGAAACUCCAAUAAAACCUCUAAUGAAAAUUAUCAACGAAAAACUUCAGUGUCAAAAUAAUGGAAAAUAUAUCGAAUCUAAAUGCGAAUGUCCAUCGGAUUUUCAAGGUCUAUUAUGUGACGAACGUAUUUGUGUAAAUGGCGGUUUAAGUUCGUCAGAUAAAUGUAUUUGUCCACCGGGUUAUCAAGGUAAACAAUGUGAAAUUGAAAUAAAAUGUCCGAUAUGUCGUAAUAACGGUCGUUGUGAAGAUAAUAAAUGUGUUUGUCCGAAGGAAUUUAUUGGGCAAUAUUGUGAAAUUGAUAUACGACUUAUACAAAAGAAAGAACGAAAAAUUUUAUCAAUGGAGUUAAUUAUUCUAUUAUUGUUUAUUGUUAUAUUUCUAUCGAUAUUAAUGAUUGUCACAUGUUUAUUCUAUAAAUAUUACAAUCAACGGCAAAAACAAUUGAAAAAAAUUCAACAGAUAAGCUUCGAAAAAAUUUGGACCAUUGAAAAUUCGUCGAAAAAUAUCUUCCAAGAAUCAAACGAAAAAAAUCCCGAAAAAAAAGAUAUUAACACAAAAUUGAAACAAACCGAUGUUCAAGCUUCACUUGUAUGA